AUGUGGCAGUGGUGGAAAGUGAUGACAAUGCUUGUGGUGGUGGUGGCAAAAGGGAAUUGUGAUAGUGGUGGUGGUGGAAGGUGGUGGUUGAGGGUGGUAGUGGUAGAAUAUGACGAUGUCGACGGUGGUGACAAUGGUGAAAGGGUGGUAGUUGUGGAAGGUGGCGAUGAUAAUGGUGGUGGUGGUGGUAGUAAAAGGUCACAGUGGCGGCAGUGGUGGAAGAUAGCAAUAGUGGAAGGUGGUGGUGGUGGUAGUAAAAGGUCACAGUGGCGGCAGUGGUGGAAGAUAACAAUAGUGGAAGGUGGUGGUGGUGGUAGAAGGUAG